AUGCACGAGAGUUUACCGGUCAGCAACACUUCGCAAACACCACAGAAACACGAUGUCACCACGACCCUCAAUUAUUGGGAUGACCCAGGGGACGGUUCUCGUCCAACUCCUAUUCACAUCGGCCGAGACCGAGUGACGAACAAGCGCCCACACCGCGCCCACGAAUUCGUCGUGAGGGACAUCACUGGUGACGAAGAAAAAUAUCUGCUCGAUACGCACGGAUUCCAAUACUGCCGGCAUGAGAGCAGCGAGAAGGACUUCACCGACGAGGAGGCCAUCCGGACUGUGUACUACGAAGAAUGUCGAAAGCUGCUGAAGGAUAUCACCGGUGCGAGGCGAAUCCACAUCUUCAACCACAAGGUCCGCAGGGGCCCGACGCAGUGGCACCAUCUGGGCUUGAAUGGCAAAAACCUCGCGAAUCGAGGGCCAGUUACCAGGACACACGUAGACCAGUCAUACCUGGGGGCAGAGCUGAGGCUACGAUGGGAGUUCCCCGAGGAGGCCGAUGAAUUGCUUAAACGCAGGUACCAGAUCAUCAACAUCUGGCGGCCAAUCGAGACCAUCCUCAAAGACCCUAUCGCUGUAGCCGAUGCGAACUCGGUUCCGGACUCGGACCUGGUCGGCGCCGAGAUGAUAGAGGAGGACUUCAGGGGCGAGUCCUGGGUCGUUCGACACAACCCCAAUCAUCGGUGGCAUUUCAAGUUCCGGAUGACGCCCCAAGACGUACUCCUCAUUAAGUGCUUUGACUCGGAGACGUCCUUGGCACGUCGGGCGCUGCACUCGGCUUUCGAGGAUCCGGCCUAUCGUGACGAGGUUCCUCGGCAGAGCAUUGAAGUUAGAUGCUUGGUAUUUUACUAG